GCUUCAGCAUCCAAUGCUCCUCCAAACCCCUGAAAGUAUUCUGCACCACUGCCUGAACAUCACCUACACCUCUUUCUCUCUCUAAAAGUUUCUCUUUUUUCUCUGCCAAAAAGGUUCCCAAGAUGAGAACCCAUCUUGAGCUCAAGCUUUUAGCUCUUUUGGUUUUUGGAUUAUCUUCCAUUUUACUCUGUGCAGAGUCUCAAACAAACUCAGAUGAUACCUCAGUAAUGUUAGCUCUGAAGAAGAGCCUUAACCCACCUGAAGAACUGGGUUGGUCUGGCCCAGAUCCAUGCCAGUGGAUCCACGUGGGCUGCUCAGAUAACAAACGGGUUACCCGUAUCCAAAUCGGGCGCCAAAACCUUCAAGGUAAACUCCCUCCAAACCUCUCUAACCUCACUGAACUGCAACGCUUAGAGCUUCAGUGGAACAACAUUUCUGGUCCAUUACCAAGCUUAAAUGGGUUGACUUCAUUACAAGUGUUAAUGCUUAGUAACAACCAGUUUAGUUCAACGCCUGCUGAUUUCUUUGUUGGUAUGUCUUCAUUAACAUCUGUUGAGAUUGAUAACAACCCUUUCUCUGCUUGGGAAAUCCCUGAGAGCCUUAAAAAUGCUUCAACACUUCAAAAUUUCUCAGCAAAUUCUGCGAAUAUUAGUGGGAAAAUACCAGAUUUUUUAGGCCCAGAUGGGUUUCCAGGCUUGAUUAAUUUGCAUUUGGCUUUGAAUAACUUGGAAGGUGAAUUGCCUGUGAGUUUUUCGGGUUCACAAAUCGAGUCUUUGUGGGUUAAUGGGCAGAAACUAAGUGGAGGAAUAGAUGUUAUCCAGAACAUGACAUUCUUAAAGGAGGUUUGGUUGCAUUCCAAUGUAUUUUCUGGGCCAUUGCCGGAUUUUUCGGGGUUGAAGGGUUUGGAAAUCUUAAGCCUUAGAGACAAUUCAUUUUCUGGUCCUGUUCCAGUGUCUUUGGUCAAUCUUGAGUCCUUGAGAGUUGUUAAUUUGACCAAUAAUUUGCUUCAAGGACCAAUGCCAAAGUUUAAUGAUUCAGUUUUAGUGGAUAUGGCAAACGAUACAAAUAGCUUCUGUUUGCCACAACCUGGUGACUGUGAUCCUCGAGUGAAUACUUUAGUUUCAAUUGUAAAAUCAAUGGAUUACCCGGUAAAGUUUGCAGAGAAUUGGAAGGGGAAUGAUCCUUGUGCGGAUUGGUUUGGGAUCACUUGCAACAAUGGGAACAUUACCAUUAUUAAUUUUCAGAAAAUGGGUCUUAAUGGUACAAUAUCUCCUGAAUUUGCUUCGCUUAAGUCUCUGCAAAGAUUGGUUCUUUCUGAUAACAAUCUCACUGGGAUAAUUCCAGCAGAGCUCAAUACUAUGCCUGCACUUACUGAAUUAGAUGUGUCAAACAACCACCUUUUCGGUAAAGUACCGGCCUUUAAGAAGAACAUCAUUGUAAAAACAAAUGGAAACCCAGAUAUUGGUAAAGAUAAGAAUAAUGCUACUUCUAAAGGCAUCCCUUCUCAGGGCGCAUCUGGUCCUUCAAGUGCUGGUUCUGAAAAUAAAGGAGGUUUGGAAAUGGGUCGUAGAAAAUCUAGAAAUCGGACAGGUAUCGUGGUGUUUUCAAUAAUUGGGGGAUUCUGUGUGGUUUUCUUGCUUGGUUUAGCGGCUUUCUGUAUAUACAGAAGUAAACAAAAGCGGUUUAGCAGGGUACAGAGUCCGAAUGUCAUGGUGAUUCAUCCUCCCCAUUCAGGAUCAGAUAAUGAAAGUGUGAAGAUUACGGUUGCAGGAUCAAGUGUUAGUGUUGGUGCAAUGAGUGAAACCCAUACUGUUUCUACCUCUGAAACCAGUGACAUCCAAAUGGUUGAAGCAGGAAAUAUGGUUAUUUCCAUCCAAGUUUUAAAGAGUGUGACAAACAAUUUCAGUGAAGAAAACAUACUGGGCCAAGGGGGUUUUGGGACAGUUUAUAAAGGAGAGUUGCAUGAUGGAACUAAGAUUGCGGUAAAGAGAAUGGAGUCUGGGGUGAUAGCCGGGAAGGGGCUGGCAGAGUUCAAGUCUGAGAUUGGUGUUUUGACCAAGGUUCGACACCGACAUCUUGUUGCUCUUCUUGGGUACUGUCUUGAUGGGAACGAGAAACUUCUUGUUUAUGAAUAUAUGCCUCAAGGGACCCUUAGUAGGUGUCUUUUUAACUGGGGAGAGGAAGGGUUGAAACCAUUGGAAUGGAUGAAAAGGUUGACCAUUGCGCUCGACGUUGCUAGGGGUGUUGAGUACCUCCAUGGUUUGGCCCAUCAGAGCUUCAUACACAGGGACCUAAAGCCUUCCAACAUCCUGCUUGGGGAUGAUAUGAGGGCUAAGGUUUCAGAUUUUGGUCUUGUGCGGCUUGCUCCUGAAGGAAAAGGCUCCAUUGAAACAAGAAUUGCUGGAACAUUUGGGUAUCUAGCACCGGAAUAUGCAGUGACUGGGCGAGUGACUACUAAGGUCGAUGUCUUCAGUUUUGGGGUGAUCUUGAUGGAGUUGAUUACAGGAAGAAAAGCACUCGAUGAGAGCCAGCCUGAAGAGAGUAUGCAUCUUGUGACAUGGUUCCGAAGAAUGCACCUUAACAAGGAUACUUUCCGCAAGGCCAUUGACCCCACAAUUGACCUCAACGAGGAAACGCUUGCUAGCAUCAGCACUGUCGCUGAACUUGCUGGCCACUGCUCUGCAAGGGAGCCAUAUCAAAGACCCGACAUGGGUCAUGCUGUCAAUGUGCUAUCUUCUCUUGUCGAGCUAUGGAAACCAUCUGACCAGAACUCGGAUGAUGUCUAUGGCAUUGACCUCGAAAUGUCAUUGCCACAAGCACUCAAGAAGUGGCAGGCGUUUGAAGGACAAAGUCAUAUGGAUUCUUCUUCUUCGUCGUUCCUUCCUAGCUUGGACAAUACUCAGACCAGCAUACCCACUAGGCCGUAUGGAUUUGCUGAGUCUUUCACAUCCGCAGAUGGGAGGUGAGAAGGAAUAGGAAGUAUGGUGAUGGUGGUUUUGUUUGAUUAUGUUUGUUCAUUCUCUUUCCCUUGUUCCUUGUUGUAAUCUAUGUUAGCUUGUUUGUUCAGUUUGUCCAGUUUGCAGCUCUGUAGUUUGGAUAUUCUCCACUUGGUUAUGAAGAUUUGGAAAUGCAAUGGAAUGAAUUUCUCGAAAAAG